UAUUCUAUAUAAUGUUUUCAUUAUUUGUGGAACAGCGCCUGAUUUACAUGCAAUAAGCAUAGCUAACCAUAUGAUACUUAGUUGUCUUAAAUAGUUGUUUGUCGACAGCUGAAAUUACGACGUAAGCGACUCCUUUAUCUCUUAAUUUAUUAAUACUUAACUUUAUCUUUUAAUGCGAAUAAACUACAAACUUGAAGCCUCUUAAAUGUUAUAAAAACAUAGGUAUAAUCGUCCUCACAUGUUGAAGUGUGAUCUUUGUUAGACACAGCGUGCAAGCCUUAUAAUGCAGUCACUUGCAUGGCGUUUGGCUCGAGACAUCCAGUAUAGUGGGAACCUUAAGACUGGUAAAAAGCACUUGUUAUCAGAGAUCAAAUGCUAUUUUGGUUGUACUCAGACGAGCGCUCGUUAGCGACACCCGAGUAAUGGCUGCGGCGCUCGCGCCGCUGAACCGCGUCAGUCGAGUGCCCCUCUACUUGAUUGUCACUCGCUUACUAGUUCUUCGAAGCCUUAAUAAGUGCUACAAGCAAAAUAAACAUUGAAUGGAAAAGUUAAUCGUUAUCCGCAGCCUGGGAGUUUUCUAAGAUAAGGACGUAACUAAUAGGAGCAAAUUAAUUUUGAAAUGAUACCGAGAUGGCGACUCAUACUAUCAAAAUUGUUCCUAAUUCCCCAGCGGUACGUCUUGGGCAUCAUGGGCCUGCUGGCCGUGUGCAAUGCCUACACGAUGCGGGUGUGCCUCAACCUGGCUGUCACACAGAUGGUCAAGGACAGCGGCAACAGCAGCGAACACUACGAUCCCAAUGCUUGCCCGGACGAUAGCGAGAUUAUAGCUAAUGGGACUGUCAGUAGCAAACCUCACGCAAUAUUCGACUGGUCGGAGUCCACUCAAGGGCUGAUACUCAGUGGUUUCUACUACGGAUACGCCAUUACGCACGUCCCCGGAGGAUACUUAGCCGAGAGAUAUGGAGGCAAAUGGACGCUCGGAGUAGGGCUAUUGAGCACCGCCGUGUUCACGCUCUUGACUCCUAUAGUGGUCAAGGCAGGUGGUGCGACGUGGUUAUUCAUCCUUCGAGUUUUGCAGGGCAUGGGUGAAGGCCCCACAAUGCCAGCUCUGAUGAUAGUGUUAGCGCGGUGGGUACCGCCGCAUGAGCGUGGGCGUCAAGGUGCCAUCGUGUUCGGUGGCGCCCAGAUUGGAAAUAUCUUUGGCUCCUUCAUGUCCGGCUUUCUAAUGGCUGGAGAUGGGGACUGGGCUAAUGUCUUCUACUUUUUCGGAAUGUUCGGCAUUAUAUGGUUUGUUUUUUGGAGCUUGCUAUGCUACAGUACCCCGAAUACGCACCCAUACAUAUCCGACGAGGAGCUGAAGUACCUGAACGAACAUGUGACCAGCUCGGAGAAGUCCAGCAUACGAGACCCGGUACCAUGGAAAGCUAUCGUCAGAUCUGUCCCAGUAUGGGCUCUGCUAUUUGCUGCUGUUGGCCACGACUGGGGCUACUACACGAUGGUGACAGACCUGCCGAAGUACAUGACCGAUGUGCUGAAGUUUAAUAUAGCGGCGACGGGCACCCUCACUGCGAUCCCGUACCUCGCCAUGUGGAUUAGCUCUUUCAUCUUCGGUCUGGUUUGCGACUAUUGCGUCAAGAAGAACUGGCACACGAUCAAAACGGGACGAAUUAUUCAUACCACUAUUGCCGCCACUGGUCCGGCCAUUUGUAUAAUAUUGGCUUCGUACGCCGGCUGCGACCGGCUGGCAGCUGUGGCUUACUUUAUAGCUUCUAUGGCGCUAAUGGGAGGAUUCUAUAGCGGAAUGAAGGUGAACGCCUUGGACCUAGCGCCGAACUAUGCAGGGUCUUUGACGGCUAUGAUAAACGGGACCUCUACUAUCUCCGGCAUCAUCACGCCCUACUUGAUAGGGCUAUUGACGCCCGAUUCAACAUUGGCUGAAUGGCGCGUUGCAUUCUGGGUGUGCUUCGCUGUGCUAGUCGGCACCAACGUAGUGUACAUCAUAUGGGCGGACGGUAAGCAACAGUGGUGGGACGACGUGCGGCAGUACGGCUACCCUGACGACUGGAAACACGGACCUCUGUCCAAAGCUGACACGGACAAGGAGAAGAGUAAAAAAGCUGAAGCUACGUCGUUCUGAAGUUUUUUGACAUUUGUAUUAUAAGACUAAUGAAGAUAUAUACAUAUAGUUAUUUAUUUAUUACAUAAAGAAUACAAAUCAAGAGCCGAUUGAGUUUUUGCAAGAGUAGGUAAUUUAAGUCAUUUACAAGAGCUCUUUGGUUAAUUUCCAUAGAUCUAAAAUUAAUUAGACUCCGAUAUAAAUUAAAAUUUCCACCAACAAUUAUUUUGAGGCUUACAGUAGCUUAGUAAUAAAAUGUUAGCUAUUUUUAUUGUAAAUAUUUAGUUAGAUUUAUAACUUCGGUAAUUUGAUGCCAUCUGAUGUAUAUCAAUCAACCGGUAAUGAAAAUAUAAGUGUAACGCGCAAUUCAAAAUUCAAAAUAAAUAAGUAGUUGUUAUAAAUGUCAUAGCGUGAUCUGAAUUCAUUUAACGACACGAUUUAACGAACGCGUCUUAUGAAAGGGGAUCGAAUUUUGAAGAUGGAAUGAAGGGUCACCAGUAACUUAACCCUAUCGCAUCAACAUGAUGUGGAUUUCAACAGUUUAGAAAUAACGGUUUUUGUGAACAAAAAAACACGCAAGGUGAGAUAAAAUUUGGCAAAUGAAUCACCAGACAAACAAUUUUAGAAGUAGCAUAUUGCUACCACAAAUAUGAACGAAUAUGAUGAAUAUGAACGAACAAUUGCCCUACAUUCAAUAAAUUAAAAUAGCUCAGUUACGUUUAGAUAGUCUAUAAUUUGAGUGCCAUGCAUCCUUAUACUACCGAAUGGAAAUUAUUUUAGUAAGAUACUUACUAUAAUUAGGUAGGCAAGUACAAAUAGAUUACCUAUCUAAUUUAUAUGUGUAAUUUACCGAAUUAUUUUUGUAAAUAAUAAACUUCAGUGAUUAUAACUAGUUAUCAAAAAUAUGUACUUAACAAUAAUAUAGAAAGGUAGUUUAGGUUUGUACCAUAUCAUGUCAUUGUUGAUUUAAAAUGAAAUAAAACGGUUAAGUAUCAUAAA